UCAACCAAAACAGAAAGUCUUUUUAGUUUUUGUUGACAAUUUAUAUCGUGAUCGAAAAAUAUGAUAAUGGAUGUGGCUCUAGGAUAUUAACUCUCGUAAAUUGUAGAAUCAAUUUGUUAUUCCAGUUUUUAGCGAAUUUCCUUAUUUUAUUUGUACUGCGAUAGAACAGAACACAUCUCUCUACACCAGUGCUUCAAUCUUGCGGCCAUAGUAAGGACUACGUGAUGUUUUGUUCAAUAAUGUUUUCUAGUUCUAAGAGAUGGAGCUGCCUAGUGCCAAAGAUUGAAAUACUAACUGGUUCCCGAGUUGGUUGCUAUGUUGUGAAAGAUUGAAGAAUUGAGGCCAAUAUUGUAAGUUAAAAAAAAUUAAUAAAUAAAACAAAAUGGUGACAGAAAGCAAAGAGAAAAAGACAUUUAUCCUCCCUAAGUGGGAGGAAUAUGUGGUCUCUAAAAUGAACCAACUAUACAACAAGUCAGAAUUGUGUGACGUCACUUUGAAGUUUCCUAAUGAUACCACUAUCAUUCAGGCUCAUAAAGUGAUUUUAAAAGCGUGUAGUGGCUUUUUUGAUGUAUUACCUCCUGCCUCUGGCGCAGUUGUCCUGCACAUGCCCAAGAACAUCAAACCUGCACACGUUAGAGCACUAAUAGACUGCAUGUACACUGGUAAACUUGAGUAUGUAGCUGGAGAGAAGAGUCGUCUUUGUUUGGUAGCCAAACAGCUGGGAAUGAAUUACAUUAUUGAAAUACUGCAAAAGCAGUCAGCGUCCGUGCCAAGUUCACAACUACACAACGUCGCACACCCUACCAUAAAGAGAUUCAUAUCGAAGCAACACCAAGCAACUCCGACUGGUGGUGAGGUGUCUGAAACGUCUCCAUCACACUCUCCCUCUAUCUCCCCCACUCCCACCUCGUCCAGUCAAACAUCUACCCCUACUUCAUCUAUCCUGCCAGGGAAAAAAUUGCCGAUAUGGAAACAGAGGACAACUAUUAACAUACCAGAGGAAUUUUGCCGAUCUGUAACUAGGAAGCCGCUGCCGCCACCCCCUGUACCUGUGGAACCGAAGCCAUCAAGGUUCGAGUUGUGCGAUGAGGAGGGAAUUCCUGAUUUUACCGAAACUUUUGAGAACCUCUCGUAUGAAUCUCAGGUCAUCAUAACUCCUUGUGAAGAACCCAAGCCUGUAGUCUCAGUAGACUCAGUUGAAAGAAUGCCCACAAUGUCUACGCUUGGCAAGCGAGCUCGAGCGUCAGAAGUAAUUCGAGGAUCAACAGAAGAAGAAGAUGACUACGACGAUGGCCACUUUGAGUCUAUUCAUGAAAUUGAUGAUGAUGGUGAUGAAGAGGAUUCGAUCGCUGCUGGCAGCUUGAAACCUACAACCCCACCGCCGAAGCCCAUCUUAAAAACCUUUUCUUCUCCCUCCCCAAGCAAGAAAGUCAGAUUUGCAGUAUCUUCUGAAACAAAGACUGUUGCAACACCAUCCAAUCCUCAACCUGUAAAUCAUUCUCACUCUGCCUCUAUUUCUAUACCUGUCACUACUCCCACCUCUCUCCCCAUUUCCUCUUCUCAAACCACAACCACCUCUCUUACAACCAACACCUCCCCCACUACUUCCACCACUCCCGCCUCUCCUCCCACUUCCACUCCUUCCGUCAUACAAAAGAUUUCAUCGCCAGCCUCCGCCUCCACAGCAGCAGCUGUCUCUACACCGGCAACCCCUCAAAGCUUGGGCGGUGCCUACAAUCAUGCCAAUAUCAUCAAUACAGUAUUGAAGAAAUUUCCUGACUUGAUGAAAAAUAAGAAUAUCAAGUUGAAAAUUCAAGGGAGUAGUCCUGUUGGUUUCUCCUCUUCCACCAACUCUUUAGAUAAAGAUGGAAAAAGUAAGAAGAAAGUUCAGUACUUAGUCUUGAAAUCAGACUUGAACAAUCUAAAAAAAGAAGUAAAAGAGGCCUCGAACGGAGCGGAAAAUACUACUGGUCCUUGGUCAUGUAUAACUUGUGCGACUGAAGAUGGACCUUUAAAAUUUGAAACGUACUACAACUACAGGAGACAUCUGCAAGAGAUACACAACGAGCGAAUAGAUGCGAGGAUUUGUGAAUAUUGUGGGCACAAAGCGAGCAAACGAAAUCUUCACCUUUAUCAUCUCUACACCAAGCAUAACAUUGCUCCUCCAAGAAAUAUUCAUUUUCCCAAGUGUGACCAAUGUAAUUACAUCGCUCUCAGUGAAAGUUUGCUUAUUAAACAUCGAAGCAACCAUACUGGAAUGAUCACUAAGGAAUUCAUUUGUCGACUUUGCAACGCUGCAUUCAAAAGUCAUGGAGCUUUAAUGGGACACAUGCAGACCAAUCUCCACCAAACUGAUCAAGCGGCUAAAAAAGACUAUGAAUGCGAGUACUGUGGUAAAAUAUUUAACAGGAACAUCAACUUAAAAGCUCACAUUCGAUCCUCCCAUCAAGAAGAAAGUAUUAGAAAAAUGUAUGACGAUGAAGACAAAGCGGAAGACUCACCAGAAGUUGAAAACCCUUCCCAAGAAAAAAAGGGAGAUCAAACUAUGGACGUUAUAGAAGUGCCAGUGUUUGAUUCAGUCUCAGGCCAAAAUCAGACAAUCUACCUUCCUCAAGGAAUGACUAUCCUGACGGAAAAUCCCUCUGUGCCAUUGAUGCCAUCAUCUGAAUCAGAAGCUAUGAACAAUGUGGCUACAGGAAUAGCAACAUCCAUUAACAUUACAGACAGAAACAUGCCCAAUGAUGUUCUCGUAAUCGAUGGAGGUUCAACCGAAUUAAUCCUAAGAGGCGCUCCUACAGCUUAUGUAAUGAACCCUGAUGGCACCUAUUCUCUCCAAGAAUAUAUUGUUCCAGAAAUAAUGGCAGAUUCAGGUCAAGUUUACACCACGGCUCUUGUCAGUUCUGCGCCAUCAACAGGAAUAACUUAUGUUAACAGUGACAACAUUUCUAUAAUAUCCCCCUCAGACCACACUUACGCGGAUGGGAUGAAAGUGAAUGGGCACGUUGCCACUGGAACACCAGUGACAAUAGUCUCUUCAGUCGACGCCACAUCCAAUGUACAAACAGUUACUCAAGCAAACCAAUCGAUCAUCGUGCAAGAACCAAUUCUUGUAAAUGCGGAUUGGAUGCAGAAAAUUAGCUCUCAAAACGAGACCAUUCAGCUAAGUCAAACCCAGACUCAGAAUAUGAUUUCUCAACCAAUGCUCCAGAAGGUAGAAAUUAUUUCUUCUCAGCCGAUAAGUCAGAGCCAGAAGAUAGAGAUUAUUUCUCAGUCGGUUAGCCAGAAAGAUUCUCUAAGUCAGAUCUCCCAGCCUCUUCUACAAAUCAGUAGCGACCAUCAGACUGAAAGUGAAAGUUCGACCAAAACAGCACAGACCCUUGUGAGUGAUUGGGCAGAUUUGGACGAGGAUCAUAAUGAAGAGAGUGAAGAUAUUGAGGAUGAAUCAGAAAAGAAACCAAGUAGACCGACUAUAGAACUGGAACCAAACAAUGAUGAAAUAGGUAUGUGAUAUAGGUGGUAAACUUUUGUGUUUACUUUAGACUGACUUUUAUGUUGAAGCUUUAUUUUUCUGCGUCAAAGUAAUUUUUUACAUACAUUCCCUCAUAGAUUAUAUUUCAUAUAUUAUCAUAUUUCCAAUUUCAAUAUAUACCUUCAUUUUCAUAUUUUUUUCAAUUUUUAGGCCCAUGGAUAAAUUCAUCCAAUGGUAUUGGCACCAAAUAAUAUACACAUUUAAUCAGUAACAUCAUUUAAAUCAUUAAUCAUAUUUUAAUCAUUUAAACAUUUAAUCAGCAAGUGAUAUGACAGUUAGAUUCAAAACAUAAUUUGGUUUUCAGUUAUGCAUAUUGUUUUCACUGUGUUAACUUUGGGAUAUAAUUUAAGCAGUAAUGAAUAAUUAGAUCUCAUUUAUACAGUAAAAAUAAAAACUAAUUAUUACUAUGUUUAAUUUUCUUUAGAUUGGUAUAGUAUGGUACGGUAUGUGUUUUUCCAAAACAAACUUAACCUGUUGAAUUUCAUAUAUUAAUAGUUUAAAAUGUUGCAUGUUUCAAUAUUCAAUGUUGGUAAAAUGAAUUAUCAAAUGUUUCUGUACUACUUCGCUGAUGCUUCCCACUUGUCUGGGUACAUUUUAUUUUUACUAAAGAAUUAUUUCACUUUAGAAAGAAAAAAGAGAACAAAACUAAUUCGCCAAAUUUCAGUCCAAUAAGUUGAUAACACAAAAAAUGAUUCAAACUAAGAUAAAACAUUACACCUCUUUUGAGGCUCUUUCAGCUGAAAUUGUCAUCUCAUACUGCUUGAAACCAAUAGGGGGAAUUAGUUUUGAUCUCUUUCCUUCUUGAAUUAUAUUUUAAAAACUUGUUAUAGCAUAACCAUUUUUUCUUAAAAAUAACGUGGGUUUUAAAAUUGCAUUUAUAUUGUUGAUAUGACAAAGUUUAUUAAUAUAUUCUUUAUUGCAAAUCUCUUAUUGAUUGUUGCAAUCUUAUUAAGAUUGAAAUUGAAAGGUUGCUGAUUUCAUCCCAGCAUGAAAUAAAAUGUGGAGUUCUAAUAGAGUCUUACUUGUGUUAAAGGUGUAGUCUAGUUCUCAUCUAAAACAAUAAUAGCAUCAGCAUAUCUUAAUAUUCCGAGAAAAGUAUUGUUUUACCAGUAAGUUUUUAUGGCUUUUUUACAGAGUUUUAUAUUUUUUAUGACUGUUACAGUUUUCAUCGUUGUAUAUUUAUUUUGCAUCAUUUAAAUACCACAUGUAAAUAUUGUAAAUAUACAAAUGUUUGUAAUAAAAACCCUUUUUGCACUAGGCAUGUUGCCACAUCCGCUUGCGGUUCCAACCUAAAAUGUUGUACAUAACUACAUGUAUCAAAAUAAAGGUAGUUGACUCAAGAUCAGCAAACAAUUUAAGAAAUGGAAACAACAACGUUUCUUAAAUUGACUGUUGGUCUUGUA